ACAGCUAAGCACUCCAGUGUCCAGGGGCUGUGGGAAACUGGAAAGAAACCAGCUAGGGUCAACGUGACUUCCAAGCUGGCUGUUGUGCGGCUGCUCUCUUGGCAGUUGCAUGCUUUCUAUAGCACUGUAUGAAGUUUUGAGACAUGCUCUUCAGGUAUAUCAUGGGAUGUCCCUCUAUUGAGAUUUGUUUUUCUCACGAUCAGACUGGAGUUAUGGGUUUUGCAGGAAGAUUACAGAGGACCAGCAGAGAGAAGAGAUUCCAUCUUCCAGAGGUUGCCACUGUCUGCCUCCCCACUUGACCCCAUCCACAGUCAUCUUUUUUAUAUAUAUAGUGACACAUUAGCUGUCUACUUCUUCAUAGUUAAUGUGGUUUAAGUCUGACAUCAUUUCUUUUCCAUGAAAUUUACACCUUAGUGUUAUUCUCACUGAAAAUUGCCUUUGAGUUUGAGAAACCCUUAUCCCAGUGAUACCGUUUUAAAUUAACAGAUUUAUUGCCAUUUAUGAACUACGUAGAGCCUUAAUUGAAAAAGUAUCUCUGAUUAUUUUUUCAUAUUUUGGCUACAUAUCUAUAAUAAUGGAACAUUAUAAGUACUUUUUAGUGGAGGAUUUUUAAAGUAGAAUUUCAAUAAAUAACGUUUGCUGGAGUUUGCAGGUUACAACAUCUUGAAGUAUUAUUUAACAUUUUUCUCUCAAUGAUUUUUCCUUUAAAAUUUGCAAUGAAUUUGUUUUCCCGUUUAUGCAUGAGAACUUAGGUCUUCUUAAUUGGGAGAAAUUAAAGUAAUAAAUAAGCCCUUCUAAUUCUCGCAGCUGUUUCUUGAAAUGAAUUACCUAUCCAGGCAAAAGAUUAAAAAUUUUUUAAAAAGUCUUUGUAAUUAAAGUUUUCCCAUUUUGUUGUGGUGUGUAAGGAUUUUACAAAUCGAAAUAUCCUUGGUUAAAAGACAUCACAUGAGUUUGUGCCCAGUGCUUUUUAGUCUGAGGAGCCUGGUAGCAUCCCAUCCCAUUUGAGUGGGAAGGUUAUAGACCUUGCACAUUAAUGCCAUGCUCAAAGCAGAUUUGCAGAUAUUCUGCAACAGAGGGACUUUCGCAAACCCUGCUUUGGUUUAUUCUACCUGAACUACUUAUUUUAAUUAACUAAAUGGCUAUCCCAAACAUUCCAUUUUUAUCCUGUUGCUCAGUGAAUCCUCAAAUUGUUAAUUUGGUAGACUCUCUUUUUUCUCCUCAUACUAUUAUUCUUUUAGCUUUAAAAAUAAUGUAUACUGCCUACAGGUCCUUAUGGAAGUUUCACCUUUCAUUGUGUCUCCCUGGAAGCAACUUUAUAAUUUUUGCACCUGGACCAUGUUUUUGGAACUAGUAAAAGACACUUAUUUGUGUUAAGUAUUCAUGUCUUUUACCAUAGGUAGUUGAGUUUAAUAAUAAAAAAGAGAUACAAUUUUAUCAGUGACAAUGUUCAUUUUUCUUCAGACUCUUCCCUCUAGUACUUACUCUGUAUUUCUAUUUCUUCUGAAGACUAGGAAAGGCAGUUUCUCAAAAUCAUAUUCUAUUUAGUUGGCAAACGUGAUAAUGUGGUGGUGGUCCUAUCUUCCUUCCUAUUCUACUGAAAAUGAGAAAAUAAUUGCUAUCUGGCUACAAUUUUGAUUUCUAAGAAGUUCUCGUGUUAUUUUAAAUUCAGAAACUACAUAUUUCAACAUUUGAUCUGUCAUAUCUUUAAGUUUUAUUUUCUGUGUUCCAGCUGUUCAGAGAUAAUAUGUUUUAGUAUCUCUAAAAUCAAUCAAGAUUUUUGACAAAAAUAGAUCAGUAGAUGAAAAAGAUAGACUAAUAUUAAUUUUAGAUCUUGUUAGUUAAAAUUACCCAAAUCUUUGUUUUUCAAAUGCCUUAUUCUUUCAUGUUAAUAUUCUGAUGGGAGGAUGAAAACAGCAGAAAGGAGCAACACCAGAUGAUCUUUUCAUGGGCACAUACUCUUUCAAUGAAUCCCAUGGAGCUCAAUGAAAUUACAGUUUGGCUUACAGAUAAUUAAGUUGUGGAAGGAGGUUUAGGAGAGGAGCUUAUGUGAAAUUUGAACUGUAAAUAAGUAUACUAAAUUGAAGAAAUGAUUAGUAAUAAAUGAGAUUUGCUUUUAAGAAAUUCAGUUGGGACCUGAGAAAACAUUUUGUGUGCAAGGUAGAAAACUUUAUGGUCACAAUAGAACACAAUCUGAACCUAAAUUAACAGUAGUGUUGAAGAAUUCAGGGCGGGAUAUUAUCCAGGAAGGCUUAGCCAGCUGCUCCACUUAACAUUACAUCAUAAGUAGUUUCUGUGUUGCUAUUGUUUUUAUUAGAUUUCAAUGACUGCAUCAUACUACAUUAAAUCAAUUGGCCUUAACUUACCUAACCAUCUUGCUGCUUUUUAAUGUUUAGUUCUUAGAAAACAUGUAAUAAUUUACUCUCAGAUUGAGGUCAUGUUCUUGUCAACCUCAUACCAACCAGGUUUGCUCACUUAGUCAUAUGAACCGUACAUAAGGUUUCUAUAAUUAGUCUCAUUAGAGUGUCCCUAGAUCUAAAGACUAUCUAAAGAUUCAUAAUUCUAAAGUGAGUGUAUGUGUAUACAACACGUUGUCUCCCUAGCUUCCCCCCCCCCAUUUGUGAUUAACUGCAAUGAAUACCAUCAUGCUUUUAAGGAAUUCAGUUGUAUUGUUGAAAAAUACAUUUUUAUUAAUAUCUAAGGAGCUCUUAGUGUUAAGCACUUUGCUGAGAUUUUUCACUUACAUUAUAUCCUUUGAUCCUUACAACAACUAAAUGAAGUAAACACUAUUACUAUUCCCAGUUAACAGAUUGAGAAAUUGAGGCUUAGAGAAAUUAAACUUGUCCAAGUUGGCAUAGUAAAUAAAUGGUGAAGACAAGGCGUGAACCCACAUGAUCUCUCCAGUGUUCUUCUCUACAAACAGCUUAUAAUUAUUUACUUAUCUCACUUUUGCUUUUUCUUGUUUUUGAAAACAUUUAUUAACAUUAAAUCUCAUAGAACUUUUGUGAAUCUAGAAAGCUAAUUUUACAUGUAAAUUUUAGAAAUUAUUUUGUUAGAUUCCCUCAGAGAUGUUCUUAACUCGGACCUUAUGUAUAGAAUUCAGGGGAUCCAUAAACAUGGAUGGGAGGUUACUAACAUCUAAUAAAUUUAGCAUUUUUUUUCAGUUGUCAAUGUUGGCAACAAACAUAGUAUCAGCAGUACAUGUGACUUGCUAAUAUAAAUCACAAAUAUUUCAGUAUCACAAAGUUGAGGCAGAUACCACAAAACAUCAACUGUACAUCACUAUUUUGAUAUUGUAGUUAGACCUACCACUAGAUCCUGUUAUUUCAUACUUUUUUUUUAAAAAAAAGCAUUUGAUAGUAUUUCAGUAAAACUGGUUUUCCUUGUAAUCUGUAAUUUAUAUUGAAUGUUUAAAAGGAUUGUUCUGAGGAGUCCAUGGGUUUCAACAGACAGGCCAAGAGCUUUUGCAGCACAAAGCUUAGCAUCUAUGCUUCUUUCCGACAAAGUUAGUUUGAAAAUGCAUGGAUAUGUUUAAUACUACAGAGUCAGAAAGAGUUAACUAGUUAAAAAACUGAAUAUCAAGAAGAGUCAUACAUAAGGAAAAUGAGUUAUUUUACUUUUUAUUGAUUUGCAAAUGUAAUUUCUAGUAAAAUUACUUCAAGAUGUGAAUAGGGUACUUGGGGUGUGAAACAAAUUGUUUUAAGGAGGCCAUAAACUUAGCACUUAUAUGUAUUCAUUUAUUUUAGCAGUGCACCUCAAAAGACUCGCUAUACUGGUGAUUUGUUUUAUUCUUUAUGGAAUUUUGUCCUGGUUUCUUUGGGUUUCAUUUCUGUUGUACAAACUCAAGAUAUCCAAGGUAUACCCCAAGAUAUAAAGCAAUUAAACUGUAUGUUAGGGCCUGGGGAGAGCUUGGAAUUGUUAAUCAUCAUAUUAGGAUUUUUCAUCUUUAUGGAUCCCAAAAUAGUUCAUUAAGCUCUAGUUGAAGCUGUGAAUAAAGAUGAGAUUGAAACUAAGAUGUAGAUUUGUGAAGUAUACAAAUUAAAUAAACUACUGAUCUUGACUAGGUUUUAUUUGUUGUUGCAUUACUAUUUUGUGGAGGAGUACUUUGAUACAUGGUAAUAAUCCCCGCCUUGUUACUUUGCUCUACUUUAUUAAGUACAUCAUUUGGUUCUAGUAAGCGUAGAUUAAGGUGGUUAGUUUAUUUUCUGGAAGUACAGGUAAACAAAUCCAUGGAAAGAGCACUAAGUACUAAAGAUUUUCUGCUCUUAUAAUGCUCCUGGUUAUCUGAAUAUGUCAUCAUCUGUUAUUUAGAAACUAGGAGAGAGAGCCACUUUUACGAACCAGCCAAUGAACUUUUAGCCAGAUUCUCUUAUGUAAUGUGAGGUUAACAAAAGAGUAUUCCUAUUAUCUAGAUGAAGAAAUUGCAUGCCUUUGAGAGCAGCUAAGUGACUUGCCUAACUUUAUAAUUGCUACUAAUGGUGACCCAGAGCUCUGAUGCUCAGGACUUCUGAUUUCAGACAUGAAGCCAUUAUUAUAUCAGGAACCGAAAUGGCUAAGCAUAUCCAGAAAGAAAUAAAGCAAGGUGUGGAAUCAUGGAUUUCCCUUGGAAACAGAAGACCUCACCUCAGUAUAAUUUUAGUGGGAGAUAAUCCAGCAAGCAAAACAUACGUCAGGAAUAAGAUAAGAGCUGCGUCUGCUGUAGGUAUUUGUAGUGAGCUCAUUCUGAAACCUAAGGAUGUUUCUCAGGAAGAGCUUUUGGACAUAACUGAUCAAUUGAAUAUGGACCCAAGAGUCAGUGGUAUAUUAGUUCAGUUACCACUGCCAGACCAUGUUGAUGAGCGAACGAUAUGCAAUGGAAUUUCCCCAGAAAAAGAUGUUGAUGGAUUUCAUAUUAUCAAUAUUGGAAGAUUGUGCCUUGAUCAGCAUUCUCUCAUACCUGCCACUGCCAGUGCUGUUUGGGAAAUAAUAACAAGAACAGGAAUUCAAACAUUUGGAAAAAAUGUGGUUGUGGCUGGAAGAUCCAAGAACGUAGGGAUGCCCAUUGCCAUGCUUUUACACACUGAUGGAGAGCAUGAACGGCCAGGAGGUGAUGCAACUGUGACAAUAGCUCACAGAUAUACCCCCAAAGAACAACUGAAGAUUCAUACACAACUGGCAGAUAUUAUCAUAGUUGCUGCAGGUAUUCCAAAGUUGAUUACAUCUGAUAUGGUUAAAGAAGGUGCUGCUGUAAUCGAUGUGGGUAUCAACUAUGUCCAUGAUCCAGUGACAGGGAAGACAAAAUUAGUUGGAGAUGUGGACUUUGAAGGAUGCCAUGAUAAUGAACACCUCAAUAUAUCUAGAAAACAUGCGGAAACCUCAAGAUUCAGCAACCAGAUGAAUCUGUUAAGAAGAAAGCUGGCUUUAUCACUCCAGUUCCAGGAGGUGUGGGACCCAUGACAGUGGCAAUGCUUCUGAAGAACACCCUUCUGGCAGCUAAAAAAAUCAUUUACUAGAUCACAUGAAAGGAUAAAGCAAACUGAAGUGAUGCUAUUUGUUUGUUUGACGAAGGGUAAAAUGUUUAUAUUUUACUACAAAACUAUUUAUUUCUACAUGGUAUUUAUUUUUUCAUUGAUGGAAUCAUUGUGGAUAAAAUGAUUCACACAAUUUUAUGCAUUUCCUGCUAAUUGAUUUUGAGUUUUAAGAAAGAAAACAAAACAAUUCCAAUGAAAAUUUUGGUAACAAUUGUUUAUUUUGAGGAUAUUUGUUCAUAAUGUUAAAACAAUAAAGGGCUCAUAAUAAAUAUAUUUUUGACACAAUUAAAUAUCACAUAUCUCAUAUAGUAUGUUUUCAGCAAAUGUCCUGUCAGCCAAAUGGGCACCCAUAUUAAAUGUAAUUUAGGUUUUGCUGUUUGCAUGCUCACAUUUUUAAUACAUUUUAUGAUCUAAGUCAGUGCUGAAAAAGAGCUUGCUUACUACAAGAAAAAUGGAAUAUUGAAAAUAGAAUCUUGAUCUCAAAUAUCCCCCAAAUGCAUUAUAUAAACCCAUCUUAAUGAGAAAUUAUGUUCUAUUUAAGGAAAGGAAAAUAUUUCGGGAAGGUAAUAAAUGCACUAUUUGGAAGAGUAAUGAUUAUAUCACAUUGUGAAUGACUACUUGUCACGGUAAAAAUACAUGAAGAAUGUGUUAGGUUUAAAUGUCAUUUCUUUCUUCUUCUAAAAAAUAUUUGGAUAGUACCUUCACUGAGCAAUAAUGGAAAAAUUCCAAAAUAAGUAAACAGAUAAAACUAAGGUUGUGUUUUCCCACAAAUAUAGUAUGAAUGAGGUUAUAUUAAAGAACAGUAACUGUUAAUGUUUGUUCACAAAUUCAGAAAUCUCAUAGGAAAACAUGAUACUUUCAAUGUAACCUUAGUAUACAACUAAAAAUCUCCUGGUUUCUUGCCCACAUGUCUUCCCUCUUUUGUUAUAGCGUUUGUUCCUCAUGUUUCUAACACAAUUUAAAUGAAGAAAUACUAUGAAUGUAGUGGAAGUCUAUUUUGAGACUGCUAAAGCUAUUUAAUUGAUACUGUGUUUUUAUGCCCAAAUCCCAGUAUGUUUAUAUACAAAUAAUGAUUCUCACCCAGCGCAUGUCUUUAUCAGUGUGUACUCUUGACUAUUUGUGUGAAAAUAGACUAGAUGUUCAUAAUUAAUAACAUUACAACUGUGUAAUAAAAGCAGCUUGAAGAAA